AUGUCAGCCGAAGCAGAUGUCAAGCUCGAGGACUUCUCGUCCAUCUUCUCCCUGAACCAAAGGGUGGCUGUUGUCACUGGUGGUUCUCGUGGUCUCGGUCUCCACGCCGCAUCAGGGUGGUCACAUGCAUACAGUCUCCUCCAAGCCGGAUGUUCCAAAGUCUUCAUCUCCUCACGCAAGGCCAAGGCAUGCGAGGAAGCAUGCGAUGCCCUUAACAAGCUGCCCGGCAUCAAGGGCAAGGCCAUCUCGGUGCCAGCCGAUAUCUCCAAGGUUGCAGAGAUCGAACGCUUGGUAGCAGAAGUCAAGAAGCACACAGAUCACGUUGACAUCUUGUUUGCCAACGCUGGAGCAACCUGGGGUGCUCCUUUCGACAAGCACCCCGCCGAGGCCUUUGCCAAGGUCAUGGACCUCAACGUCAACAGUGUCUUUUACUGCAUUCAGAAAUUCGCCCCGCUGCUCGAGAAGAAGGCUUCAUUGACAGACCCCUCUCGUGUCAUCGUCACAGCAUCUAUUGCAGGUAUUGGAAUUGGUUCGUUGGGAGAGAAUGCAACCCCAGCAUACAGCGCUUCCAAGGCCGCAGCUCUUCAUCUGACUCGUAACCUGGCCGUCGAGUUGGGUCCCCGAGGCAUUCUCUGCAACAGCAUUGCACCCGGCUUCUUCCCAACAAAAAUGGCCAAUGGUUUGAUGGCCAUGUCUGGUGGUGUACAGGCCCUGGCUGAUGCAAACCCCAACAAGAGGCUAGGCAAGCCUGAAGAUGUUGCUGGCACUGUCGUCUAUCUCUGUUCAAGGGCAGCCAGUCAUCUGAACGGCGCCCACAUCGUCAUUGACGGUGGUAGUGUGGUCGGCCGCUCGAAGCUGUGA